ACCCUAGGCUUAAACCCUUCGGUUUUCAACAUUUCAGCGUACAUAGAUACCCACUAUGGCCGCUUCUCUUAUUCGCCGUUCUCUGCAGCGUCGCGAUCUUCAAACUGCUACCUUCUCCGCUUGCAGAUCCUUUUCUGGCAAUGCAAGGGCAUCAUUGGCAAACUCACCUCUGGUUAACAGAUGGGCAACCCUGUCAAGGCCUUUCAGCUCAAGGCCUGUUGGCAAUGAUGUUAUCGGCAUUGAUCUGGGAACCACCAAUUCAUGUGUAUCAGUGAUGGAUGGAAAGAGUGCUAGAGUAAUUGAGAAUUCUGAAGGAGCCCGCACUACACCAUCAGUUGUUGCCUUCAACCAACAAGGAGAGCUAAUUGUUGGGACUCCAGCCAAACGUCAGGCAGUAACUAACCCUACAAACACUCUUUUUGGAACCAAACGUCUCAUAGGUCGGCGUUUCAAUGAUCCUCAGACACAGAAAGAAAUGAAAAUGGUUCCUUACAAAAUUGUUAAAGCUCCCAAUGGAGAUGCUUGGGUUGAAGCCAAUGGGAAGACAUAUUCUCCAAGCCAAAUUGGUGCAUUUGUUUUGACAAAGAUGAAGGAAACUGCAGAGGCAUACCUUGGGAAGACAGUGUCAAAAGCUGUGAUUACUGUUCCAGCUUAUUUUAAUGAUGCACAAAGACAAGCAACAAAGGAUGCUGGUCGAAUUGCUGGGCUAGAUGUUCAGAGGAUUAUCAAUGAACCAACUGCUGCUGCACUUUCCUAUGGGCUAAAUAACAAGGAGGGUAUCAUAGCCGUGUUUGACCUUGGAGGUGGAACUUUUGAUGUUUCGAUAUUGGAAAUUUCAAGCGGUGUGUUUGAGGUUAAAGCUACAAAUGGAGACACCUUUUUGGGAGGAGAAGACUUUGAUAAUGCACUGUUAGACUUCUUAGUGGAUGAGUUCAAGCGGACAGACCACAUUGACCUAUCAAAGGACAAGCUUGCCCUGCAGAGGCUUCGAGAAGCUGCAGAAAAGGCAAAGAUUGAACUCUCAUCUACAUCCCAGACUGAAAUCAACCUACCAUUCAUAACUGCUGAUGCAUCUGGAGCUAAACAUUUAAAUAUAACUUUAACCAGAUCCAAGUUUGAGGGUCUAGUGAGCAGACUCAUUGAGAGAACAAGGGACCCAUGUAAGAACUGUUUGAAGGAUGCUGGGAUAUCCCUUAAUGAAGUAGAUGAAGUUUUGCUUGUUGGAGGAAUGACACGUGUUCCAAAGGUGCAAGAAGUGGUAGCACAAAUUUUUGGAAAAGCUCCAAGCAAGGGGGUUAACCCUGAUGAGGCUGUUGCAAUGGGAGCAGCAAUUCAGGGUGGCAUCCUUCGAGGUGAUGUUAAGGAGCUGCUUCUGUUGGAUGUGACCCCUCUGUCACUUGGUAUUGAAACGCUAGGUGGAAUUUUCACAAGGUUGAUCAACAGAAACACAACCAUUCCUACCAAGAAAUCACAGGUUUUCUCUACUGCUGCUGACAACCAGACUCAGGUUGGAAUUAAAGUACUUCAGGGAGAGCGUCAAAUGGCAGCAGACAACAAACUUUUGGGUGAGUUUGAACUUGUUGGUAUUCCCCCUGCACCUAGAGGUCUGCCACAGAUUGAGGUGGCAUUCGAUAUAGAUGCCAAUGGGAUUGUAACUGUUUCUGCCAAGGAUAAGGCAACAAAUAAAGAGCAACAGAUUACAAUCCGAUCUUCUGGAGGACUUUCAGAUGAUGAGAUCAAUAAGAUGGUCAGAGAGGCUGAAAUGCAUGCUCAGAAAGAUGAUGAGAGAAAAGCUUUGAUUGACUUGAGAAAUAGUGCUGACACAACCAUAUACAGCAUCGAGAAGAGCUUGGGUGAAUACAGGAGCAAGAUUCCAGAUGAAGUUACAAAGGAGAUUGAGUCUGCCGUGGAAGAUUUGAGGAAAGCAAUGGCGGGUGAUAAUGCUGAUGAAAUCAAGGCAAAGCUUGAUGCAGCCAAUAAGGCUGUUUCAAAAAUUGGAGAGCAUAUGUCUAAAGGCUCUGGGUCUGGUGGUUCUUCCUCAGAAGGGUCUCACGGUGGUGAAGAAGUUCCAGAAGCAGAAUAUCAGGAGGCCAAGAAAUAGAGUUUCAGUAUAACUGGUACCUCGAAAGUUGAUAAAAACUUUACAUUUUUUAUUAUUCCGGUUUUGUAUCUAAUUUAGAACAAGAGUUGAGAACUCUUCUACCAGAUUGGGCACACGAUCUUAAAUUAACUUCAUUGAUAAUAUUUGAUACAAUUUAAUAAAGUUUUGGAUCCAAU